CCCGAAGAUGUUCAAAGCGACGCCAUGCCUCCAGAAAACGCUCCGGCGCCUCCCGCUCUCCACCAAGCAAGCCGGCAAGGAAUACUACAAGGGCAACCGCGUAGGAUCUAUGGGCACGAUCGAUAAAUACGGGCGGUUUCACCCCGAUUAUGACAAGAUACGGACAUACGUGUAUCCGAACAAGGGUAUAAAAGGCUUCGAGUUGACCCCCUUCGUAAGCAGCAGAUUCUCCAAGAACGUCGAAGUCGAAUACCAGACGAAAUGGGAGGUCCCUAAGAAGACGAUAACGGGCGAGGAGUAUCUGGCGCAGUGGAAGAGGGAAGGUGGUCACGACUUGGUGGACACUUUUCAGAACAAGCCCGACGUAUGGGAAGAACCGGCGAGAUCUAAGAGCUAGAUGAUCAAUUGGAAAGUGAGAGGGUUGUAUGAUACGGGAUUGGGUCUGGGCUGCUACACUCUAGAUGCGGAGUGAUGAUAUGAGGGGGUGUGUACAUUAUUGAUGGAUCGAGGAGGCAGUACGCGGCGUUUGUGGAUAGCAUGGGAUCGUUGACUGUCAGAUCUGGAUCUCCCGACUGAAAAAGGGACGUAUGAGACGCUGGCUCAUCGCACAUCGUCUGAUGCCAUAGCCGUACAAUCGGCACAACCUUGGAUACAUACCGUACAUUGCUAUCUCGGGUAUCAUGUGUACAAUUGAGUAUCGUACCUACAGAUACAUCCUACCUAUCUCUCCUAACGCCAAAGAAAU